AAUGGCAAGGAGGGAAUUCUAACCUUACUUCGUGAUAUCUUCACUAUGUCUGAAGGCAGUGAUGAAGUUGUUAGAGUGGGAGAAUAUAUAGUUCUUCAGAGGCAGUCCUACACUAAAUUGCAUAAAGUUUCAGAUCAUGGAACUGUAAUGUUAGGGAAGGAUCAAAUAGAUAUUAAAUCAAUAAUUGGUAAACCUUUGUGGACUACAUACAAAAUGGAGCCCAAAAAAGGUUCCAAGCGCGACUUCAUACUUGCAGAGUGUGAUAGUGCAGAAAGUUUAGCAGAACAGUUAAUUAAAGCAGUGUCCAGUGGUGUUGACAAUCGAAAUAUAUUUGAUGAUGGUAAUUCUCAACAGUUGUCAACAGAAGAAAUUAUAAGUAUGAGACAAGAAGGAAUGUCAGGCCAAGAUAUAGUUGGCCAGCUUGUUGAAAACAGUAAAACUUUCAGAGACAAGACUGAGUACUCUCAAGAAAAAUAUUUAAAAAAGAAAGAAAAGAAAUACUUUGAAUACGUUACUAUAAGGAAACCUACAAUUAGAUUAAUUGCUCAGAUUUUGUACAGGCAAGAUUCAACAAAAAUAAUGGGUUUACGAAUGGACACCCUGUCUCAAAUUUCUACAGCUGCUGGAGUUCAAUCACAAGGUACAUACCUAUUGUAUGAAAGUGGUUGUCAAGGUCUUGUUGCAGCUGCUUUAGUUAAUAGUUUAGAUGAAGGUGGGUGCUUAGUUCACACUCAUGCUGGUAACAUUCCUCAAAAACAAGCUAUAUUAGCCAUGAACUUUUCUGAAGCACAGAAAUCACGGCUUAUCAGUGUUAAUAUACAUUCUCUUUUACGGAAACUUCAUCAGCUUAAAGAUAGUAUUGUCAACACUGUGUCAGACAAAGAUAACCAGUUGUCGACAUGUAAUGGUGACCAUGUAAUGUCCCAAAACAACAGUGAAUCUGAGCAAGUUGUAGAAGUUGAAAUGAAAUUGGAAAAAUCUGUGAACAUAUCAACAGAAUCAAAGAACAAUAAUGAAGAAAAGGUGGUGAAUAUAAACGAAAAUGAAGAUGUGCAAAAUGACACAAAUGAUCGGAAACGAAAGCAUUCAGAUGUUGAGGACAGUGGUCCUAAGAAGCCUCGGUGGGAGCUAGAAACUGAACGAGCCGCUCUUAUUUUAAAAAGUCAGCUUGCUGAUGGACUAAUUGUAGUUGCAAAAGAACAUCCUCGAAAUAUUUUUCUUGCACUUUUAGAAUGGGUCAAUCCUUCAAGACCUUUUACAGUAUUCUGUUUGUGCAGAGAGCCAUUAAUGGACUUGUAUGUAUAUCUUAAAUCGAGAAAUGAUGUCAUUGCUCUUCGACUGACUGAAUCUUGGCUUCGGACACAUCAAAUUCUUCCUAACCGCACACAUCCUGAUAUACUAAUGAGUGGAAGUGGUGGUUAUCUGUUGUCAGGAAUUGUGGUUCGUGAUACUGCAGUAGAAACUGUAGACUAAAGAGACUUAAUUUGUAUAAAGUAUAUUCUGUUAAAUGAAUAUUUCAAAAUAAAGUAAUUUAUUUACAAAAAUUAAUUUAUAAGUUUCUUACCCCCAUAAACUUGCAUUAUGUCAAUCUAUAUUAAAAUCUCUUCUGGACA